UGUUGUCCCUUGAAAGCUGUCGCGGGUCUCGACCCUGAAAAGACUGCUGCUAGCGUUCAUAAGCAGGUGACUUCCUUCGUCACGGAGUUGUCUGAUAUUUUCCGAUGGGAGAACCCUAUGAAGUCCGCUCAAGUCUUCGCCGUUUAUGUGAUGGCUCUCAAUUUGGCUAACUUCAUGGGUUUCCGUUUCCUCUUCUUCAUCACCGUCCAGGUGUUGUUCCUGUCGACCCCCGUGCGUAAGUUCAUCACCAGAAGGGCUGCCAAGGGCUGCGUUAUCAAGAGUUUCUAUCACGACACUGUGCAGCCCAAGAUGUGCUGUGCUAAGUCCAAGGCCCAAGAAUGCUUUGCUAAGCUACCCCAUACAUCUAUCUGUGAGCUCAAGUCCUGGGAGAAGCCUCAGGUCUCUGCUGCCGCCCUCGUACUUGCUAAUGUUGCGGUGAUGACGGUUUCGAGUGCUCUUUGCAUGGCAAGCGACGUCGCUAUCAAGCUCGUCGGGUGCGCUUUGGUGCUGUCGUUCGCUGCCAAGUCGUUCGGCGUGAACAUCCCUAAGUGCACUUAUCCUGCUAAGUGUGAUGGUAAGGAGUGUGAAACCAAGCUCGCCACCGCUGUGACCUGUUUCCAGACUGUUAUGGGACAUGUACGCCAGAUUGUUUUCUGGGAAGUCCCUGCUAAGAACGUUAACGUGAUACUUGUACUCUAUGUAUUGUCGUUCGCGCUCUCUUUCUUUGGCUUCACUGGUCUCGUUCUACUCGUGUUGAACUGCUCCAGUCUGCGUCCACUGAUUCAGAAGCAACCGGUCUAUAAGGAGAAAAUAGAGCCCGUGUUUGCUAAGGUGUCGGAGUCGCUCAAGAAAGCUGAAGCCAGGGUAGCCAGUAUGAUUGAGCGCGUGCCGAAGACUAAGGCGGAGUAAACACUGUUUGUAUCACUGGUAUCGCCGGUUAGUUAUAUCUAU